AUGGCCACUAUAUCUUCUCUGCACCUCUCAUUUUCUCCCUCCAAUCCUUCCCUGCCACAAGGCCCAUGGAGGAACAAGAAACCCAGCAUUAUCUGCUGCAAGGCUGAACAUCAAAAUCAAUGUGUGAUUGUUGGAGAAGAAUGUGGUACGAGGAGGGAGCUGAUGAUUCAGGCAUUGACUGCUGCUGCGGUUACUUUUCCUGCGGUUGGUUCAGUUGCUUUGGCGGCUGAAAGUGAGGAUUUCCGUGUUUACACGGAUGAUGUGAACAAGUUCAAGAUCAGUAUUCCUCAAGAUUGGCAAGUAGGAAAUGGCGAAGGUGAUGGAGUUAGGUCACUGACUGCAUUUUAUCCUCCUGAGGCUUCCAGUGCGAACGUGAGCAUAUUAAUCACGGGACUCGGUGCCGAUUUCACCAGGUUGGAGUCUUUCGGCAAAGUUGAUGAAUUUGCUGAGACUCUAAUUGGUGGAUUGGACAGAAGUUGGCAGAGGCCCCCUGGAGUUGCAGCAAAACUCGUAGAUACCAAAGCUGCCAACGGGUUGUAUUAUAUAGAGUACACACUACAGAAGCCAGGCGAUAGUCUCAGGCGUUUGUUUUCAGUUCUCGGGAUAGCAGAUAAUGGCUUUUACAACAGACUAUAUACCCUCACUGGACAGUUUUUCGAUGAAGAAGACGAAAAAUUUGGUCCCAAGAUUCGAAAAGCUGUUUCAUCUUUCAGAUUAUUUUAA